AUGGACGGGACCAACCAAACAACCGUGGCGGAGUUCAUCUUUCUGGGGUUCCCUGGAACUUUCUCUCUGCGGCUCACGCUGUUUGUGAUGUUCCUCACUGUCUACUUGCUCUCGUUGGCGGGAAACACCCUCAUCAUCAUCCUGGUUCUCAUGGACACCACUCUCCAGACGCCCAUGUAUGUGUUCCUGGGAAAUCUGUCCUUCCUGGAGAUCUGGUACACCACAGCCACUGUGCCUAAGCUGCUGACCACCUGUGUCUUGCAGGUGGUCACCAUCUCCGUGGCAGGGUGCAUAACCCAGUAUUACUUCUUCUUCUCCAUGGGUGCCACAGAGUGCAUCCUGCUGGCGGUGAUGGCCUAUGACCGGUACCUUGCCAUCUGCCGCCCCUUGCACUACCCGAUGCUCAUGAGCCUGCCUGGGUGCCUGCGCAUGGCUGUAGGCUCUUGGCUUGGGGGCUUUAUUGCCCCACUUCUACCCACCCUCCUCAUCUCUCGGCUGUACUUUUGUGGUCCCCAGAAGAUCGACCAUUUCUUCUGUGACUCCGAUCCUAUUUUCAAACUCUCCUGCUCAGACACAUUCCUGGUGGAGGCACUUGGCUACACGUGUAGCUCCGUGGUGAUCCUGAGCUCCUUCCUUCUCACCAUGACAUCCUACGGCCACAUCGUGCUCACCAUCCUCAGGCUGGCCUCCCGGGAGGCUCGCCAGAAGACCUUCUCCACCUGCGGCUCCCACCUCACUGUGGUCACCAUAUACUAUGGCACCAUCAUCUUUGCCUACGUCCGCCCGCCAGCCAAGUACAACUUCACCAUCAGCAAGGUCAUAUCUGUGUUCUACUGCGUGGUCACACCACUAGUCAACCCGCUUAUCUACACCCUCAGGAACAGAGAUGUGAAGAAGGCUUUCAGGAAAAUGCUAGCACAUAAGACACACCUCUCAGCCAGGAUCAGAUAG